AUGAACAGCCAUCGUCUCACAUCGUACCGUUACCAAGAAGCUAAUCCUUGCGUACCGCUCACCAAGAUGAGUCUCGGGGGUAUCGUUAGUCAGCAAAAUCCUUCAGUCAGGUCGAAGAAAACAGUCGAUACUGGUUACGCCAUUCCUCCUUUCCGAUUACUUGAGGAGGAAGAAAUACCACGUAUCAAGCGCUUCCCUCCAGAUAAUAGAUAUGACUAG